GGCCCAGUGGACUGAUCCUCCUCAGGCAGUGUCCAGGUCAGGUUCAGCACACAGUCCGCCUUCCCAUCACCUCCUCCAGCAUGGACACCUACCAGAAACCCGAGGAUGACGACUUACAGGCCCUGAAGGACGCGGCCAACCGGCUCAGGAUCCACUCCAUCCGGGCCACCUGCGCCUCCAACUCUGGGCAUCCCACAUCCUGCUGCAGCGCUGCCGAAAUCUUGUCUGUCCUCUUCUUCAACACCAUGAGAUACGAUGCAGCUGACCCCGGCAACUUCAACAAUGACCGCUUUGUUCUGUCCAAGGGUCAUGCUGCUCCCAUCCUAUAUGCUGCGUGGGUUGAAGCUGGUUAUAUUAAGGAAUCCGACCUUCUGAACCUGAGGAAGAUUGACUGCGACUUGGAGGGCCAUCCCACACCGAAACUGCCAUUUGUUGAUGUCGCUACUGGCUCUCUUGGGCAAGGCCUGGGCGCAUCCUGUGGCAUGGCUUACACCGGGAAAUACUUUGAUAAGGCUAGUUAUCGUGUAUUUUGUCUGCUGGGUGACGGCGAGUCCUCUGAAGGCGCUGUAUGGGAAGCCAUGGCCUUUGCAUCUCUUUAUCAUCUAGACAACCUGGUGGCCAUCUUUGAUGUAAACCGCCUGGGACAGAGUGAAGCUGCCCCUCUCCAGCACCAGACUGACAUCUACAGGAAGAGAUGUGAAGCUUUUGGAUGGAACACCUACGUCGUAGACGGCCAUAAUGUGGAAGAAUUGUGCUUUGCUCUCUGGCAGGCAGCCAAUGUGAAGGACAAGCCCACCGCUAUCAUUGCUAAAACAUACAAAGGAAAAGGCAUUUCAGGUGUUGAAAAUGAAGAUAACUGGCAUGGAAAGCCUAUGCCUAAAGACAAGGUGGAGUCUAUCAUUAAGGAGAUCCAGAAUCGGACCCAGAACAACAAGAAACUGACUCCCCUAGCUCCCAUCAAAGAUGCUCCCGAGGUCAGCAUUGCCAACAUUACAAUGCCCACUCCUCCAAGUUACAAAGUUGGCGACAAGAUUGCGACACGUAGAGCUUAUGGUCUGGCUCUCGCUAAACUUGGACAUGCCAACAGCCGUGUCGUCGCUCUUGAUGGGGACACCAAAAACUCCACCUUCUCCGAUCUCUUCAAGAACGAGCAUCCUGACCGUUUUAUAGAGUGCUUCAUUGCUGAACAGAAUAUGGUUAGCGUGGCAAUGGGCUGUGCCACCCGCAAUCGCACUGUUGCUUUUGCCAGCACAUUUGCUGCCUUCCUCUCCAGAGCGUAUGACCACAUUCGUAUGGGGGCCAUUUCUCAGUCGAAUGUCAACCUGUGUGGCUCACACUGUGGAGUUUCUAUUGGUGAGGACGGUCCUUCUCAGAUGGCUUUGGAGGAUAUUGCCAUGUUCCGUGCCAUCCCAUCCUGUACAGUCUUCUAUCCCAGUGAUGGCGUUUCCACAGAAUAUGCAGUCACUCUGGCUGCCAACACUCCAGGUAUAUGUUUUAUUAGAACCAGUAGACCAGAUACUGCGAUCAUCUACUCUCCCGAGGAAAAGUUUGAAAUUGGACAGGCAAAGGUUGUACGUCAGAGCGAUUCAGACAGGGUGACGGUGAUCGGGGCGGGUGUCACCUUGCAUGAGGCGCUGGCGGCCGCAGAUGAGCUCGCCAAACAAGGCAUCAAUAUCCGAGUGAUUGAUCCAUUCACCAUUAAACCUCUGGAUGCUGCUACCAUUAUAUCCAGUGGCAGAGCUACAGGUGGUCAUAUCAUUACUGUAGAGGAUCAUUACAAAGAAGGGGGCAUUGGGGAUGCAGUGGCCUCAGCCUUGGCCGGAGAGCCCGGAUUCAUCGUUCAGAGUCUGGCAGUCAAAGGAGUUCCUCGUAGUGGAAAGCCUACAGAGUUGUUAGAAUUGUUCGGCAUCAGUUCCAAGUGCAUUGUUGAAGCGGUGAAGACGACCUUUGCAAAUUAAUGAGGCUGAUGGUGUUACAGAAUGUUGCAAGUAAAGUAGAGCAGCUGAUUAGUUGUUUAAGGGAACCUGUACAAAGACCAUCGUUACUGACCUUUAGAAAAUGCUAACUGUCUGGCUGUUGUGCUAGGCCAAGUGGCUACUGACAGUAAAAUGCAAAUGAGGAAAGGCAGAAUGAUGUCAAAGCUUUUGACAGACUAGUCACUGACUCUACAAGUACUGAAGGAGAGGCAUAAUGGACAGCUACCAUUUUUGGAAGGGCAGGUUGGCAGCAGCAGCCUUCCUACUAUUACAAGUUACCAUUAGCAUAGUUUGCCGUAUGUUCACUAGACUCAACAUUACCAUUACUGUUCUACCUCAGUGUAACCAUAACCGUGUACUGACCUCCUCUACUGUUCAUUCCAUGAUUUGUCUUCCUGUUUUCACCUCCAAGCACUUAAUAAAGACUCAUCUGUUGUGUUUAAACUGCA